AUGAAGGCCCUGGCUCUUAUCUGCUUGUUCCUGGGUGUGGCUGUCGCCGUGCCCGGCCUCCGCCAGCGUCGAGACUCCAACUCGCUCUUCUUCGAACUUCCCGCCGACGCAGAUUUGGUUCUUGGCGGAAUCAACACGGGAUUCGAGUGCGGCGACCUGCCCUACGGAUACUACGCCGACCAGGCUAACAGCUGCGCCGUCUUCCACGUGUGUCUGCCCUACAUCGACAACGACCUCUACAUCACCCGCCACUUCUCCUUCAUGUGCGGCGAGGGCACCAUGUUCGACCAGGAGCGCCUCGUCUGCGACUUCCCCGAGAACUCCCUUCCCUGCUCCGAGGCCGCCGCCUUCAGGAGGUCCAACGAGUACUUCGGCCGCGAAAAUGUGAACUUCCUCGAAAAAUACAAGUACCACGACUCUCUUUUCAAUACCUACACCCUGAAGAACAAAAAAUAUGAAAAUGUGGAAUGA